AUGGCCAGCGGUAGGGCUCCAGGUCGUCAUCCCGCCGCUGGCCGGGAUGAUGACCUGCUGGAGUUGGAGGACUCGGCCCCGAUCUACAACACCGGGCGGCCUCCGCCGGUAAAUGACGAGCACCUCUUGCGACAGUUCAACAUCGACGACUCCGAAGAUGCACAACCUCGUCCGUCCGUUUCUUAUGACAGCUUUGUCGGUGGAAGGGUGACACCGCACGCCGGUGCUCAUGCGACGGGUUCCGCGCCUCCUCCGGCGCAGGCCGGUGUAUACAUGAACGACCCCUACUCGGGACACGAUGCGUCCCGAAGCCGGACGUACUCGCAGUCUUCCGGGCUCAGCAAUUACCAGCGGUAUUCUAUGGAUGAAUAUGACGGAGCCGGCGGGUACUACGAUAUGUCGCACCAAGAUCCGAUGGAGGGGGAUUCUCGAAUGCGGGAGCGGAACAGCAUACUGAGUAUGGGAGGUGGGCUCAUGGGUAGGGCAAAGCACAUGUUGGGAAUGAAGCCUGAGUACUCCGAGAUGGACCUUCCCUUGACCGAAGCCGGGGCACGAGCUGCGCGAGCCGACAGUACGGUUUCCGAAGAGGGCGCCCCGCGUCCGAAGAAACCGAGCAAGCCGUCAUUCAAGUUUGGAUUUGGCCGAAGGACUGUCGACCCAUCUACUCUCGGUCCUCGUAUGAUCCAGCUGAACAACCCGCCGGCCAAUGCAGUGCACAAGUUUGUCGACAACCAUGUGUCUACGGCGAAGUACAACGUCGUCACCUUCAUCCCGAAAUUCUUGUACGAACAGUUCUCGAAAUACGCCAACUUGUUUUUCUUGUUUACCGCCGUUUUGCAGCAGAUUCCUAACGUGUCACCGACAAAUCGAUAUACUACUAUUGGUCCGUUGGUUAUUGUGUUGUUGGUAUCAGCUAUCAAGGAAUUGGUUGAGGACUACAAGCGGAGGUCUUCGGACAAGUCGCUGAACUACUCGAAAACGCAAGUUCUCAAAGGGUCCUCGUUCCAGGAGACCAAAUGGGUCGAUGUGGCUGUGGGAGACAUCGUCCGAAUUGAGUCCGAGCAGCCUUUCCCGGCUGAUUUGGUCCUUUUGGCCUCCUCGGAACCGGAGGGUCUAUGUUAUAUUGAGACAGCAAAUCUCGACGGCGAGACUAACCUCAAAAUCAAACAAGCCAUCCCGGAGACUUCGCAUUUAGUCAGCCCGGCUGAUCUGAGCCGGCUUAGUGGACGCAUACGCUCCGAACAGCCAAACAGCAGUCUGUAUACGUAUGAGGCGACUUUGACCAUGCACGCGGGUGGAGGCGAAAGGGAGCUCCCGCUAGCGCCAGAUCAGCUUAUGCUCCGAGGAGCAACCCUUCGAAACACUCCGUGGAUUCACGGCAUUGUUGUGUUCACCGGCCAUGAAACGAAGUUGAUGCGAAAUGCCACUGCAACUCCGAUCAAGCGUACUGCAGUGGAGCGCAUGGUCAAUAUCCAGAUUUUGAUGUUGGUCAGCAUUCUCAUCGCUCUCAGUGUGGUCAGUUCCGUUGGCGACUUGAUUAUUCGUCAGAAGGAAAAGGAUAAGCUCACCUACCUGGACUACGGUAGCACAAACCCCGGGAAACAGUUUAUCAUGGACAUAUUUACAUACUGGGUUCUCUACUCCAACUUGGUCCCUAUUUCGCUCUUUGUCACCAUCGAAAUCGUCAAGUACUCGCAAGCUUUCUUGAUCAAUUCCGAUCUGGACAUCUACUACGAUGUGACGGAUACCCCGGCUACUUGCAGAACCUCGUCUUUGGUCGAAGAACUUGGUCAGAUUGAGUACAUCUUCUCGGACAAGACUGGUACUUUGACAUGCAACAUGAUGGAGUUUAAAGAGUGUACGAUAGGGGGCAUUCAGUACGGAGAGGAUGUCGCCGAAGACCGACGAGCUACGGUCGAGGAUGGUGCUGAGGUGGGCGUACACGACUUCAAGAGACUCCGCCAAAACCUGGAAUCCCAUCCCAGCAAAGAUGCGAUUCACCACUUCUUGACGCUUCUCGCUACUUGUCAUACUGUUAUUCCCGAACGUUCCGAAGCAGAUCCCGACAAAAUCAAAUAUCAAGCAGCAUCUCCCGACGAAGGAGCCCUUGUCGAAGGUGCGGCCCAGAUGGGUUACAAGUUCAGCAACAGAAAGCCUAGAUCCGUGAUUAUCACGGUGGAAGGACAAGAAUACGAGUACGAGCUACUGGCAGUCUGCGAAUUCAACUCCACCAGAAAGCGAAUGUCCACGAUCUUCAGAUGCCCGGAUGGGCGUAUCCGCAUCUACAUCAAAGGUGCUGAUACUGUCAUUCUGGAGCGUCUCCACCAGGACAACCCCAUUGUUGAAGGAACGCUGCAACACCUUGAGGAGUAUGCAUCGGAUGGUCUUCGUACUCUAUGCCUAGCUAUGCGGGAAAUCCCUGAGGCUGAAUUCCAGCAAUGGUACCAGAUCUUUGACAAAGCGGCAACGACAGUUGGCGGCAAUCGUGCGGACGAACUUGACAAAGCUGCUGAGCUCAUUGAGAAGGACUUGUAUCUGCUUGGUGCCACCGCUAUCGAGGACAAACUGCAGGAUGGUGUGCCGGAUACCAUUCACACUCUGCAAACCGCAGGUAUCAAAAUUUGGGUCCUGACUGGUGACAGGCAGGAGACUGCUAUCAAUAUUGGCAUGUCCUGCAAAUUGAUUUCUGAGGACAUGACUCUUUUGAUUAUCAACGAGGACAGCGCUGUGGCCACCAGGGAUAAUCUGUCGAAAAAGCUGCAGGCUGUUCAGAGCCAGACUGAAGCCGAACAAAUGGCCCUUAUUAUUGACGGCCGUUCUCUGACUUUUGCUCUCGAGAAGGAUAUGGAGAAGUUGUUCCUUGACCUUGCCGUCCAAUGCAAGGCCGUUGUUUGCUGUCGUGUUUCGCCCCUUCAAAAGGCACUGGUUGUCAAGCUUGUCAAGCGUCAUCUCAAGUCGCUUCUUCUGGCUAUUGGUGAUGGUGCCAACGAUGUCUCCAUGAUUCAAGCCGCUCACGUCGGUGUUGGUAUCAGUGGCGUGGAAGGUCUGCAAGCCUCGAGAUCUGCCGAUGUUUCCAUUGCUCAGUUCCGUUAUCUUCGAAAACUGCUUCUUGUGCAUGGUGCUUGGAGUUAUCAUCGAAUCAGUCGCGUCAUUCUAUACUCGUUCUACAAGAAUAUUGCUCUCUACAUGACGCAGUUUUGGUACUCUUUUCAAAACGCGUUCUCUGGUGAAGUCAUUUACGAAUCAUGGACGCUUUCCUUCUACAACGUCUUUUUUACUGUGCUUCCUCCAUUUGCCAUGGGUAUUUGCGAUCAAUUCAUCUCUGCUCGUCUUUUAGACCGAUAUCCCCAGUUGUACCAGCUCGGUCAGAAAGGAAUGUUUUUCAAACGCCACAGUUUCUGGUCAUGGAUCGCCAAUGGGUUCUACCAUUCCCUGCUCCUGUACAUCGUCUCUCAGCUCAUUUUCCUCUACGACCUGCCACAAGGCGACGGCAAAGUCGCCGGCCACUGGGUCUGGGGCUCAGCGCUAUACACCGCCGUCCUGGCGACUGUGCUUGGUAAAGCCGCACUUAUUACCAACAUCUGGACCAAGUACACUUUCAUCGCCAUUCCUGGUUCGAUGAUUAUCUGGCUCGCGUUCCUCCCGGCUUACGGAUACGCUGCACCCGCUAUCGGGUUCUCACAAGAAUACUACGGCACCAUCCCUCGUCUCUUCACCUCGCCCAUCUUCUAUCUGAUGGCCAUUGUCCUCCCCUGCAUCUGUCUUCUCCGCGACUACGCCUGGAAGUAUGCCAAGCGGAUGUACUACCCGCAGCACUACCACCACGUCCAAGAGAUCCAGAAGUACAACGUCCAGGACUACCGGCCCCGCAUGGAGCAGUUCCAGAAGGCUAUCCGCAAGGUGCGACAGGUGCAGCGGAUGCGCAAGCAACGAGGUUACGCGUUCAGUCAGGCCGAUGAGGGCGGACAGAUGAGAGUUGUCAAUGCUUACGAUACCACGAGGGGAAGAGGACGAUACGGAGAAAUGACUAGUUCGCGGAACUUGGUUUGA